GCUACAAUGUCCAUGUAGAUGUUAAUUUUGCUGUCAAAGAUUGAUCCGUUUUAGCGAAGACACGUUCUCUGAGGAAAAAGGCCCAAAUGGCGGUGACACUUUGCGUUAGUUCCGAAAAUCCCGCGAUCGCUGCACUUGUAGCUGCAGAGUACAUCAGUGGUGAGGUGAAUGUCAGCAUCGAGUGGGGCAAGACCACCAGUCUCAAGGUGUCGGAGGAUCUGACAUGUACCAACUCUGAGGCCAUCUGCCGGUACUUGGCUCGGCUGGUUCCUACCGCUGGACUGUAUGGAAGUAAUCCUCUGGAAGCAACUGAGGUUGACCAUUGGCUGGACUUCAGCAGCAGCCGCCUUAGUCAAGCGGGGGAAUUCCCCGAAGCCAUACGCCACCUGGACAGGACUCUGGGUCCUCGCACCUACCUGGUCGGGAAGAGCCUCUCCAUAGCUGACCUGGCUGUCUGGGGAACGCUCAGAGGAAGCUCAACAUGGACUGGCAUGCUGACCAAAGGCCAGGGUCCGACCAACGUGACCCGUUGGUACAAGCUCCUCUCAGCCCAGAGUCAAGUCAAGAAAGUCAGAAGUGGUCUUCCCAGUGCUGGCCCGGCCAAUAACCAGGACAAGGCAGGGAAGCAGGCAGAUGUGGGAGGCUUCUUUGACUUGCCAGGGGCUAAGGAGGGCAAGGUAGUGGUUCGAUUCCCACCCGAAGCCAGUGGAUACCUGCAUAUAGGCCAUGCCAAGGCUGCCCUGCUCAAUCAGUAUUAUCAGGAACACUUCAAGGGAAGGUUGAUCAUGCGCUUCGACGACACCAACCCGGCGAAGGAAGAUAAGGAAUUUGAGAAAGUGAUUUUGCAGGACGUUGCCAUGCUGGGCAUCAAGUACGACCAUUUCUCCCACACCUCAGACCACUUUGACCUGAUCAUCCAGUAUGCCGAUGGGCUCUUAAAGGAAGGGAAGGCGUACGCCGACGACACAGAGGCCGAGCAGAUGAAGAAAGAGCGAGAGCAGAGGAUCGAGUCCAAGAACAGGCUGAACUCCGUGGAGAAGAACCUCCAAAUGUGGGAGGAGAUGAAGAAAGCCACUACCUUCGGCAGGACCUGUUGCCUGAGAGCCAAGAUUGACAUGCAGUCUAACAACGGAUGCAUGAGAGACCCCACCAUCUUCAGAUGUAAGGAUGAGCCACAUGUCAAGACAGGGACCAAGUACAAGGUCUACCCAACCUAUGACUUUGCCUGCCCGAUUGUGGACUCAGUCGAGGGUGUGACCCACGCCCUCCGCACAACUGAGUAUGCCGACAGGGACGAACAGUACAACUGGUUCUUGGAGAACCUGAGGCUCCGCAACGUGUUCAUCUGGGCCUACAGCCGGCUGAACCUACAGCACACAGUGCUGUCCAAGCGCAAGCUGACAUGGUUUGUGCAGCAGGGGCUGGUGGAUGGAUGGGAUGACCCAAGGUUCCCCACAGUCCGCGGUGUGCUGAGGCGAGGAAUGACUGUGGAAGGCUUGAAGCUGUUCAUUGCAGCUCAGGGUUCGUCACGGUCCGUUGUCAUGAUGGAAUGGGACAAGCUCUGGAGCUUCAAUCGCAAGGUCAUCGACCCCAAGGUUCCCCGGUUCUCUGCUGUGGUGAAAGCCGAGGCCGUGCCGAUCACAGUGAUCGGGGCAGUGGAAGACGUCAAAGAAGUGGCUAAACAUCCAAAGAACGAGUCUGUCGGGAUGAAGAGAGUGUGGUACAGCAGUAAGGUCAUGAUUGACCAGGAGGAUGCAGCCAUCCUCAAGGAAGGCGAGGUCGUGACCUUUGUCAACUGGGGCAACAUCAUCAUCAACCAAAUCAGCAAAGACAGCUCUGGGAAAGUCAUUUCCGUCGAUGCGAGACUUAAUCUGGAAAAUCAGGACUAUAAGAAGACCACAAAGCUGACCUGGCUAGCUGAAACUGAGAGGGCACCCUUGAUCCCUGCUGUUAUGGUGCGCUUUGAGGACAUCAUCACCAAGGGAAUUCUGGGUAAAGAUGAUGACUUCAAGAACUUUGUGAACAGAAACUCCAAGACCGAGACAGUGCUGCUUGGCGACCCAGAACUUGCCAAGUUGAAGAAAGGAGACAUCAUUCAGCUUCAACGCAAGGGAUUCUUUAUAUGUGAUCAGGCUUACGAGGAGCCAAGCCGGCAUAGUGGACGGGCCAGCCCUUGUGUUCUCUUCAAUAUACCAGAUGGACACAAGACAACCUCCAGCUCAAGUAAAGCACAGGAGCCGGCUAAGGAUAAUAAGAGCAAGAGGCAAGGGAAUCCAGUUUCGAGUCCAGGUAACAGACCAGCUGUAAAUGGCAAUGUGAAUGCCCUCAUUGGUCAAAUCACGGCCCAAGGAGAUGCAGUCAGGAAACUAAAGGCAGACAAAGCACCUAAGGAAACGGUAGAUGCUGAAGUUAAAACUCUCCUCUGCCUUAAAGCUGACUACAAAGCCCUGACCGGCAGUGACUACAAGCCCCCUGGGGGUGGUCAAAAGGCAGACAAGAAGGGGGAUAAGAAGGCCAACAAGCAGAAGGAGAAGGGGGCAGAGCCUAAGAAAGCCAAGGAAGAGAUCAAGGAGGCAGCAGCAGUAGGGGCAGACAAGAAACAGACCAGGCUGGGCCUGGAGGUCAAGAAAGACGAGAAUCUGAGCGAGUGGUACUCACAGGUCAUCACCAAGGCAGAGAUGAUCGAGUACUACGACGUCAGUGGCUGUUACGUCCUGCGUCCAUGGUCCUAUGCCAUCUGGGAAGCCGUCAAGGAGUAUUUUGAUGGCUGCAUCAAGAAGCUGGGGGUGGAGAACUGCUACUUCCCCAUGUUUGUUUCACAGGCUGCACUGCAACGUGAGAAGGACCACAUAGCUGACUUCUCCCCUGAGGUUGCCUGGGUGACCAAGUCAGGCAGCUCUGAAAUGGCCGAACCAAUUGCCAUCCGCCCUACCAGUGAGACAGUGAUGUACCCUACCUAUGCCAAAUGGGUCCAGUCCCACAGGGAUCUUCCCAUCAAACUCAACCAGUGGUGCAACGUUGUGAGGUGGGAGUUUAAACACCCACAACCCUUCUUGCGGACUCGCGAGUUCCUCUGGCAAGAGGGCCACACGGCCUGGUCCAAUCGCCCUGACGCUGAGGAGGAAGUGUACACCAUCCUGGGCCACUAUGCUGAGGUCUAUGAGGACCUCCUGGCCAUCCCUGUGGUGCGCGGAAGGAAAACCGAGAAGGAGAAGUUUGCCGGCGGGGACUUCACCACCACCGUGGAGGCAUUCAUCUCGGCCAGUGGCAGAGCCAUCCAGGGUGCUACAUCUCAUCAUUUGGGGCAGAAUUUCUCCAAGAUAUUUGAAAUCAAGUUUGAAGAUCCUAACAACGAGGGCACUCACGAGUUUGCUUACCAGAAUUCGUGGGGUAUCACGACUCGGACCAUCGGGGUCCUGUGCCUUGUCCAUGGGGACGACAAGGGAUUGGUGCUGCCUCCCAGGGUGGCCUGCAUACAGAUUAUCAUUGUGCCGUGUGGAAUCACCAAGACAACCACCAAUGAGAUGAAAGAGACGCUGCUCAGCAAGUGUGACGAAUACUUUGACAAGUUCAAAGCGGCGGGGAUCAAAGUGCGCAAAGACUACCGAGACAACUACAGUCCUGGGUGGAAGUUCAACCACUGGGAGCUCAAGGGUGUGCCCAUACGUGUGGAACUGGGCCCUCGUGACGUGAAGAAAGGAGAGAUUGUCAUGGUUUGCCGCGAUACGGGGGAAAAAGUUACCUACAAAGAGAGCGAGGCAGUUAGCAAAGCCAAGGAGAUGUUGGAAGAUAUUCACCACCGGCUCUAUGAAAAGGCGAGCAAGGACUUGAAGGACCACCUGAAGGUGACCACGAGUUGGGAUGAAUUCUGCUCAUAUCUUGACCUGAAAAAUCUAAUCCAAGCCCCAUUUUGUGGUGAAGGCAGCUGUGAAGACAAGAUCAAGAAAGACAGUGCACGGGAUCAAGAUGUAGAGGUGGGGGCACCUUCCAUGGGGGCCAAGAGCCUUUGCAUCCCCUUCAAGCAGCCAGCCGAGGUGAUGGAGGGCACUAAGUGCAUUUACCCCGACUGCAGCAAGCUUGCCAAGUUCUACUGCAUGUUUGGACGCAGCUACUAACCAACGUGCCUCUUCCCAGUUUGAAGAGUUUGAUUCUUCACUUCCAAGCGCCACUUACAGCUUGUUGUAACUAUCAUAGGAUUCUCCUGUUCAAAGGCUAGAUUACUUGAAGCUGAAACUAUAGAAAGUGAAAUGUCUGUGCAUUGUGAGUUUGGGUGGGAACUAUUUUCUACGGUAUUCUUAAGCUGGUUGUAAUGUUCUUUUCUCUCUUUUCUGGGGGGAGGUUCAGUAUUUUGUGUGUGUGUGUCAGGCAGCUUUCUAUUAAGGUCAUUUUUCCAAAUGUCUUUUGACAGAUUGCUUAGGAGGCCUAUUAAAAUGUAGGCAUUGGCUAUGCCAUCAUUCUGUGAGAAGUAGGUCAUCUAUGCACUCCAUGCUAAAGAACUAUUCUGAUUACGUAGAUGGUCUACAGUUUCCAAACAGAAAAACAAACUUGUGCUUUAUGCACAUUUGUACAGGGUGCAGAAACACAAAACUGUAUAGUUGUAUGUUGGAAGUGUCUCGAAAGAGUCAACCCUGUAUCUACAGGAAUAGACAUCAACUAUGUAAAUCGCUCUCUCUAGAUAUUUCUUGUUAAUAGCCAGUUUCUAUUACUUGAUGCUGGUCUGAGAAUUUUUCAACCUUUCUUUGAUGAAAUUUGACUGAAAACCUGCUAUAUGUGAACAGGACAAAAAUUCCGAAAACAUUUUGUCCUUAGCUUCCAUCCCCUGAAAAAAUGUCAACCAAUCAGUAACCAAUUCUCAGCUUUUGUUAGUCUUGUACUAACAUGACCUUGUUUAGGACCUCGUGAGUUAUGACAUGAAAUUACUUUAAGAGUCUUACAAUCUGUGUUUUCAAACUGUGGAGGAACCUAUUCCUCUGUAAUUAUUGGUAUUUACUUUCACACAAAUCAAAGCACUUUGUGUUUUCUGUGUCAGUUAGAUUUUAAUGAAAUAUUUCAGGAAAAUGCAUACAGAAAAUCUAUUUUAGAAGCAAAAGAAACACUCUCUGAACACACUUAAGUGAUUUUUACUUAAACAAAGUCUUGACAUUUAACAAACAGGUAUAUGAACUGAAAAACUCAUUUUUAUUUGAUAGAUCAUGGCUUUUCCAAUUGUGAUACAGUGGGCUUUUUGAGCAUGAGGGGCGGAAUCAUAAUAGUGAAUAGUGGGCAGGAGGAUCAAGAGAGGAUAAAACACCCUUUAGUUUUUGUAGUGGUUUGUCUUUAAAAAAGUGUAAGUUGGUGCUCCAACUUAUGCGGAGAAUACUUACAUAAUUAGUAAGAGGCAAAGCAUCGCAUUCAUGCUCAACAUCCCUGACUGAUAUUUAUAUUUUAUUUGGCACCCAGUUACUCCUUGUUCUAUAAUGUGGCCUUAUUUAACAGAUGAAACUCACACUAUGUUAUAAGCUCUGGUGUUACACUAAAGCGUGUUAUGGUAUGCAAAAUGUUUGAGGUGCUCUAUUCUAUAUACAAGCCAUGUCAUGUUGUAUUUGCUCUUUUGCUUUUUGUGUUUGGUCAAUUCUUGAGGCUUUUACUUUUUUCUUUUUUUGUUUAUGAAGAGAUUUGUUAGGCAUUGAACCUUUUAGAUGAGGUAAAGCUCUCGAUCCAUCAACCAGUAUUUUCUGAGUUGUUUGAUACUAUUUGGUGUUAGGGAGAUAGCUAUUUUGUCACCGACAGUUUGCGUAGUGACACAAAUGUAGUAAUUGAAAUGAAAAUUAGUAAUCCUUCGUUGUCAGAAUUGUUGUAAUGAGGCAAAUAUGUGUAGCCUGGUUUCUUUAGAGAAUUGCCUCUAAUUACAUACAAUUUGUAGAAGAAACUUGAUCAUGGUUAAACACUGGAUCAACACCUA